AACCCGUUCCAGCCCAGUCUAUUCAUCACUUCAUCAACAACUGGAUGGUGUUAUAUCCUUAUUGUUUAGGAUUCAAAUAUUUUUACCUAAAUUUAUUUUAUCUUAUUUAAAUAAUAGGAAGUUUAACAAACUGGCUCAGUUCUUUUAUUAAAAUUCCAUUUAUGCUCGAGACCCAAGUAACCUAGGAUGAUCAUUUUAGGAAAGUAUUAUAAGUCUUCUGUGUGUUUCUUUGAUUGAGCCAGUUGUUAGCCAUGAUAAGCCGGGAGGUGCCGACCAUAGCACUAACGAUCGGGAUGUGCUUCUUCGAGCAAACUCUGUCCUUUUUACAGGAUUGAAUCCUGGGUACCUUUACGUUAAGUAAAAGGUUUUUUAACUAAAUCAAUGUGGACUGAAGAGUUGUAAGAAACGCGCAUUCAUGGAUGACAAAUGGGGAUUCAUAGAUUCACUUCCUGGAAAUUGGAUUAGUUUUAAAUGAAGAGCGUAGUCAGUUGAUAAAGAAAAACAUCACUGAGAAAUGGUACCUAAAAAAGGAAAAUUCAAGAAAUUUAAAUGUUUGCAGAAAGAAUGGACAGAGUUUGUCUAUUCUUCUCUAAAGGGACCUGCUGGAAGGGUAAAGAUUGUCCUUUCCUACACAUCUUACCGAGAAGCAAAAACAGAGAUGAAGAGGGGGAAGAAUAUAGCCGGAAACCUCCAUAUUCAAAGUCAAGCUACAAUCACUAUCCAGAGAACGUUAGUACUCCAGGCAACUCCAGAGAUUCUUCGCAAUCAAAGUAUCAACAGUACAAAGAGGAUUCAACAACCCCAGAUUAUACAAGAGAAGUAAAGAGUUCCCAAGAUAGAAGACUAGUUCAACAGAACACUACCUCUAUAAGGGAAUCAAGAUCACAAGUUAAGAGAAGAGACAGAAACCCUAGAUAUUCACCUAGUUCUCAGAACAACCGGUAUUCAAUUAAUUUCAAUCUAGAUUCUAUAAUUUCAAAUACCUUAGGCCCUCAGGUUAAUCAUAAUCACUGAUUAUGAACCCCUUUUUUUCAGUCAUAAAUAUUCGACUUUAUUAUGAGAUUUAUUAAUACACUUGAUUGGUGUUCCGGCUCAAGCUCAAGAUCAGUGAUUGAACUAAAUAUACGUGAUUAAACCAUGUCUGGCUAUCCA